GUCCACAGCAUGCCUCGUCUCGACCUGUCCCGUCGGGUCCUCUCCGCCUCACUCCCUCACGGGACUCAUGGAAGGAUACCACAGACGCUAUGGGGCGUCUCGUCGCAUCUGGGCGUCCAAGGAUGGACUCGAGCGGUGGGAGAAUAGGUCAAUAAGGCAUCGAUCACAUGCUGUUUCCUUUUUGAGUUCAGUUGCUUCGUCUUUAAGGGAGCUGCAGGACAACAUCACAGUGCCGAAGGGGUUGCCGAUGCAGAGGAAAAAGGCAUCAGCUCGCACGUCGUCUUGGAAGCAUGAGAGCAGCUGUGUGGGGGCUUUUCCCUCCCCAAUGCAUGACCGAUAUGUGAAACUACUCGAGAAAGGCGCACCGGCACAGGUCAGUCACACGCACCCCCGGCACAGAGAGAUGAGCGAUGGCGUUUGCUGCGCAGGUGUUGAGUGCAUUUGACUUCACCAGAGUCUCACUCGAUGAACUUCUAGCCUACCACGACAGCAUGAAACCGCAAAAACAGGUUCAGACGGACAGAUAGAUGCAUGAAGGGGUACCAAUUCUG